GAUUCUGAUUCUUACUCAUACUGUUUUGUGUCCAGUUGGGGUUAAAUUAAAACGUGGGAUCUUUUUGUAAUAUUAAUGUUAAUUUUGUCGUUGUAAAACGUUAUUUUUUUUAUCUAAGGCUUUUAUUUUGUAAUAUAGUGGAUAGUGACUCCCCGGUCGUUAGUUUGUGCGGAGCUCGGUGUUGAGUGUUGUUACUCAGGGCGGAAUGGUGAUAUAAAGCUGUAUGUGAUCAGUUUAACCUGAGUAAUUUCGGAUUAUUAAUAUUAAACUAUACUGUGUGAGAGUGGGUGGAGAUGAUCCCGACGGAGGACGCGUCCGCGCGGAAGCGGGAGAUCGAGGAGAAGCUGAAGCAGGAGCAGGAAACUCUGUCCUUCAUUCGGGAGAAUCUGGAAAAGAGUGACCAGCUCACUAAAGGCAUGGUGUCCAUCCUGUCCUCGUUUGAGAGCCGCCUCAUGGCUCUGGAGAACUCCAUCAUCCCGGUGCAUAAGCAGACGGAGAAUCUGCAGCGUCUGCAGGAGAAUGUGGAUAAAACCCUGUUCUGCCUGGACCACGUCAUCAGCUACUACCAUGUUGCCAAGGACACUGACAGAAUCAUCAAAGAGGGACCCACCGGCCGGUUGGAUGAGUACCUCGCCUGCAUUGCAAAGAUCCAGAAAGCUGUGGAAUAUUUUCAGGACAACAACCCAGACAGUCCUGAGCUCAACACUGUGAAAGUGCGAUUUGAGAAGGGAAAAGAGCAGCUGGAGGCAGAGUUUCGAGCCCUGCUGACUCGCUACAGUAAGCCGGUCCCGCCCAUCCUGAUCCUGGACGCUAUUGGUGGGGAUGAGGAGCUGGAGGGUGAGGUGACUCUGGAGCACCUGCCUGAGGCCGUGCUGCAGGACAUCAUCUGCAUCUCCGCCUGGCUAGUGGAAUACGGACGCAACCAGGACUUUAUGAAUGUGUAUUAUCAGAUCCGCUCCAGUCAGCUGGAUCGUUCCAUUAAGGGUCUAAAGGAGCAUUUCCGUAAGAGCAGUGCGUCCUCAGCCCUGCUCUACUCUCCAGCCGUCCAGACCAAACGCAAGGACACGCCCACCAAGAAGGCCCCCAAGAGACCAGGGACUAUUCGUAAAGCUCAGAAUCUGCUGAAACAGUACUCUCAGCACGGGCUGGACGGGAAAAAGGCUUCUAACCUCACUCCUCUAGAAGGUUUCGAUCACGAGCCACGCGGCGUUAAGCACCUGUCGGAAGCGCUGAGCGACAAGCACGGGGCCUCUCCAGGUAAGGAUGAUGUUCUGGACGUUGAGAUCGACUCAUAUAUCCACUGUAUCAGCGCGUUUGUGAAGCUGGCUCAGAGUGAGUACGCUCUACUGACCGAGAUCAUUCCAGAACAUCACCAGAAGAAGACCUUCGACUCCCUCAUACAGGAGGCAUUGGAUAAUCUGAUGCUGGACGGGGACAGUAUCGUCACAGCUGCUCGCCGGGCCAUCAUGAGACAUGACUACUCCGCUGUUCUUACUAUCUUCCCCAUCCUCCGCCACCUUAAACAGACUAAACCCGACUUUGACUCCACCCUGCAGGGAACAGCCGCCAGCACUAAAAACAAGCUGCCCACCCUGAUCACCUCCAUGGAGACGACGGGAGCCAAAGCACUGGAGGAAUUCGCCGACAGCAUCAAGAAUGAUCCAGAUAAAGAGUACAACAUGCCUAAAGACGGAACAGUCCACGAGCUCACCAGCAACGCGAUUCUGUUCCUGCAGCAGCUGCUGGAUUUCCAGGAGACGGCUGGAGCGAUGCUGGCAUCUCAGGUCCUCGGGGACACUUACAAUAUUCCUUUAGACCCCCGAGAGACGAGCUCCUCGGCCAGCAGCUACAGCUCUGAGUUCAGCCGCAGACUCCUCAGCACCUACAUCUGUAAAGUUCUGGGAAAUCUGCAGCUGAAUCUACUGAGUAAGUCUAAGGUGUAUGAGGAUCAGGCUCUGAGUGCAAUCUUUCUCCACAACAACUACAACUACAUCCUUAAAUCUCUGGAGAAGUCUGAACUGAUCCAGCUGGUGGCCGUCACUCAGAAGAAAGCAGAGAGCUCCUAUAGAGAACUGAUCGAGCAGCAGAUUCAGACCUAUCAGCGCAGCUGGCUGAAGGUAACAGACCAUCUCACCGAGCGCAACAUGCCAGCGUUUCAGCCUGGAACCAAGCUGAAGGACAAAGAGAGACAGGUGAUCAAAGACAAGUUUAAGGGUUUUAACGAUGGUCUGGAUGAGCUGUGUAAAAUCCAGAAGGUUUGGGCUAUUCCUGAUAAGGAGCAGCGGGACGCUAUCAGACAGGCCCAGAAACGACUGGUUUCAGAGUCUUACAGAGCUUUCCUACACAGGUGUGCCAACAUCGCAUUUACCAAAAACCCAGAGAAGUACCACAAAUACUCACCUGAGCAGGUGGAGGACAUGAUCGAGAGGCUGUUCGAUACAUCCGCCUAAACUACGCCCACGACAGGCAUACCCUGCUGCAUCUGCUUCAGAUCUUCUCUCACUGCACUACAUCCUAAUCUGCUCUCUCUCUGUGUGUGUGUGAUUCUGUAAAUAACUUCAAUGAAUUUAAACUACAAAGUGAAAUAAAUGGAAAUCAUAAUGA